UUUAAUAAAUUAUUCAUUGGAGGGAAGGGAAAAAAAACUAGGCUGCAGCUGAAAUGCUGAUGUCAGGAGGCAAAUGCAGUGUAGUAUGGUGCGGUCAGAAUAAGGAAUGCCUGUCAGCCAGCUCCUGCUGAGCCUCUGUCCUCACUACUUCACAGUGCACACACAUACGCUCAGUCUGGGGGGGUCAGGAUGAUGGCGUUUAUUAAGGAACCCCUGCUAAUUUUUAUUUUGUUUGGAUGCAUGCAGCAAGCUGUUCAACUUAAGAAACCUGUGAAGUGUCCAUCCACAUGCAGCUGCUCCAAGGAAUCCGUUAUCUGUGUCGGCUCUUCCUGGAUCCCAAGGACCGUUCCCAGCGACAUCAGCUCCUUGAGUCUGGUCAAUGGGACAUUUUCUGAGAUCAAGGACAGAAUGUUUUCUCAUCUUCCCUCCCUGCAGCUGCUCUUGCUGAAUUCUAACUCAUUUACUGUCAUUCGAGAUGAUGCCUUCGCUGGUCUCUUUCACCUCGAAUACCUGUUUAUUGAAGGGAAUAAAUUAGAGACAACCUCCCGACAUUCAUUCAGAGGCCUGCGAGAUCUAACUCACCUAUCCCUGGCCAAUAACCACAUUAAAACUCUUCCAAGAGACAUUUUCAGUGAUUUGGAUUCUCUCAUUAACUUAGAUUUACGCGGCAAUAGAUUUGAGUGUGACUGUAAAGCCAAGUGGCUGUUUUCCUGGCUUAAAAUGACAAACUCCACGGUGUCUGAUGUGCUGUGUGUUGGGCCUUCUGAAUAUCAAUGGAAGAAGCUGAAUGAAUUAACAAGCUUUAAUUCAGACUGCAUAACAACAGAUUUUGUUGUCCAUCAGAUAUUACCCCACCAGUCUGUCUCUGUGGAUACCUUUCAGUAUAAGGAUGACGUCUUUGUGGCUAUAGCACAGCCUAGCAUGGAGAAUUGUAUGGUUCUGGAGUGGGACCACAUUGAAAUGAACUUCAGAAGUUACGACAACAUCACAGGCCAGUCCAUUGUUGGAUGCAAAGCUAUACUCAUCGAUGAUCAAGUGUUUAUGGUGGUGGCACAGCUGUUUGGUGGUUCCCACAUAUACAAGUAUGAUGAAAGCUGGGCCAAGUUCACCAAAUUCCAAGACAUUGAGGUCUUGCGUAUAUCCAAACCAAAUGACAUUGAGCUUUUUCAGAUUGAAGGUGAAAUAUUUUUUGUGAUUGCAGAUAGCUCGAAGGCUGGUUUGACCACUGUGUAUAAGUGGAACGGCAAAGGGUUUUACACCCACCAAUCUCUCCACGAAUGGUUCCGAGACACAGAUGCAGAAUUUAUCGAAAUGGACGAGAAGCCUCAUCUUGUGUUAUCCAGCCGGUCUCAGGUUCCUCUCAUAUUACAGUGGAACAAAAGCACACAGAAAUUCAUCCCUUAUAGUGAUAUACCAAACAUGGAAGACGUUCUGGCGGUUAAGAGUUUCAAAAUGAAAGACGGACUUUACAUUUCAUUGACCAGGUUUAUUGGUGACUCCAAAAUCAUGAAGUGGAACAGUAAGCAGUUUGUCGAGAUCCAGGCUCUUCCAUCACGUGGAGCAAUGGCGUUGCAACCGUUUGCCUUUAGGGAUAGAUAUUACUUGGCACUGGGCAGUGACUAUACAUUUUCACAAAUCUACCAGUGGGACUCUGAGAAGAAGACUUUUGAGAAGUUCAAAGAGAUCUAUAUUCAAGCACCUCGUUCUUUCACAGCAGUGUCGACUGAUCGACGAGAUUUUGUCUUUGCUUCCAGCUUUAAAGGAAACACUCAGAUUUUUGAACAUGUCAUUGUCGACCUGAGCUUGUAAGGACACACAGUAGGUAGUAAAUAACAUUUGCCAUGUACUUAUGGUGGACUAGAUGGAACUAUGUAUUGUCAAAGGCUAGCCUGCAUUUUGCAUAAAUGCAUAUUUGGAUUAUCUGCAUGACCUUUUUUGUUUAUUACUUUUAUUAAUUUUCAAAAAUUUUGUAACGGAUGCUAGGCAACUGCUGUGGAAUGCCUAUAACAAACAAAGCAUAUAUACUUUUUGAAAAUGUCAAUGGAAGCUGUUGGGGUACUGCAUAUGUUAUUAGGCUAGCCAUAGAACAGUAUUAGGCAAAAACAAGUCCCAGCAUUAGAGCAUGCUGAUACUCAGAGUUUUACAACAGCUGGCAAACCCCGGUUGCCUAUCUCUGUCGUAGUAGGCUAAUGGAAAGUAUACUCUGUGCUACCAUUUUCCUUGUAACACUUAAUCAUUUUUUUUUUCUAGAAUAUUUCUACAGUUUUAUUGUUUGUAUGAUGUAAUGACCAUGUUUUGUAUAUUUGGGAUACAAACUGGAGACUUAAAAGUAGAAUAAAUAAAUUGAAAACAAUAAAAAUAAAUUAUAGUGUCUAUAUGCAAACUUUUCAUGGUUGCUGCAACAUAUUUGAGUAUGACAAUAA